AUGGGGGAUCGAAUUGACUCUCACCGGCCUUACUCAAGGCUCAAUUCGUCGGCGAAUUCUUCCAGUCGCCAACAGACCAUCGAGAUCUACGACUCGGAUAUCCAAGUGAAACGGCCAGAGAACAUGCCAACUAAGUCUGCAAAACGUUCUUGGAAAAUUCGUAUGCCGUUAUGGCUCAUCUCGAUUGUUUUCCUCCUCGUGGCGGCGCUGCUUGUUGGGCCAUACAUCGGUCUGCACAGACAACACCUGGUCUAUAAACAGCCUCCUACAAGCGAGCAGGUCGCCAUUCCAUUACACCCUCAGCUACAUAUGAACCGAGACGCAGAAACACUUUAUUUAGACUGGGUAAUCACCACCGGAAUACGAAGCCCAGACGGUGUCCAAAAAAGAGUCUAUCUUGUCAAUGGGGAAUUUCCUGGACCUACAAUUGAGGCACGCUCAGGGGACAGGAUCACUGUGACUGUUCGCAACCGCCUCCCAGAUGAAGCACUCUCACUUCACUGGCAUGGUUUGCGACUGAGAGGCAACAAUACCAUGGACGGAGCCGUUGGCAUUACGCAGUGCCCCAUUCCUAGCGGGGAAGACUUUGUCUAUGACUUCAAAAUUGGAGCCGAAGAGCAUGGUACAUUCUGGUGGCAUAGCCAUCACAAGGUUCAGCGUGGUGACGGUCUAUUUGGUGGACUGAUAAUUCACCCCCCACGGCAUCAAGCACUCCCCCAAGACGACUACGACGACGUCCUUCUCAUGAUAGGUGACUGGUUCCACCAGCCACAAGCAGAUGUACUCGAGUGGUAUGCAGGAUGGACAAGCCUCGGCGAUGAGCCAGUGCCAGACUCCUUGCAAAUCAAUGGCCUUGGCCGAUUUGAUUGCGCUAUGGAAAUGCCCGCCUUUCCCCUCAACUGUACAGAAAGGUCCGUCGCAGAAAUGAUACCUAUCUUUCCUCGCAGGACUGCACAAACGAGACUGCGAAUAGUUAAUGUCGGUACCAUAUCCGGUGUCACCCUAAUGGUGGAUGGCGCCACUUUACAGCCAAUCGAGAUGGACGGCGGAUGCUCUGUACAAUCACCUGUUGCAGAUGCCAUCGGCAUACUGUACCCCGGUGAACGUACUGACUUGAUGCUCUUGUGGAAAGACGACUUUGUUAGCGAGCCAUGGCUCAACGUAUACCUGGACGAUGAAAACUACUCUCGACCUAAUCCCGCCCUUAUUGAAGAACAGGCUUUCCCAGCCCUGCCAGAGACGGUCAAGGUUACCAAAUUUCAACGUCCUCGAGAUCUUGCCGCGAUCGAAACACGAAUCGAUCUUUCGAAGCUCACUCGCGAGGUUCCUACCAAGACAUCUCUCCCUCCCGCACAGCAAACAAUCUUGUUCUAUCUCAAGACAAUGAUCAAGUCACACCUCGGUAACCGGCCACACGGUUACGUAAAUCACACCGCGUGGGAGCCGCAAUCUAGGCCACUUCUCUCACAGAGUCGGCGAGACUGGGAUGAAAACCAGUUCUUCCCACACGUGCCAACCGCAUCUGACCCUGUCUAUGUAGACCUCGUCAUCAACAAUUUGGAUGACGGGUCGCAUCCGAUCCAUCUGCAUGGCCAUUCAUUCUACGUCCUGUCGUCCUUUAGAGCCGAGGGCCGCGCAGGCUGGGGGAGCUACAACCCUUACGACCCAGCUAGCGUGCUGCAGCAGCCGUUGAACUUGCAGAGCCCUCUGUUCAAGGAUACCGUCAAUGUUCCCAGGCGUGGCCACGUUGUACUGCGAGUUUUGGCGGACAAUCCUGGACUAUGGAUGCUUCAUUGCCACAUGAUGGUCCACAUGGGAACGGGCAUGGCAGCGGGAUUCCAUGUCGGCCCGGCAGACGAUGAACAGCAUUUGUUCGCCAUUGACCCGGCAUCAGCCACUCUCUGUGAAGCUCCAUACUCUAUGGAUCUAUCCGAAGAUACGGCAAAGUGA